GUUCCCAGUCUCCCGUACCCUCAUAAUUCUUGUUGGAGUUUGACGCAUAUUUCUAAUAAACAGAAAACAUAAAACACUAUCAUCUGACUGUUAAGCUUACCAACACUAGUGCAAGGAGUCAUAUCCUGUUUGAACGAUUUUGGGGCUUCUUACAGAUUUCUGUGUAAUAUUCAGCUAUGAAUAACUAUAGGAAUAAGUUAUUUCGUCCUGUGUUCCAAGUAGAUUUUCUUUCUGUUUUUUGAUGGUAUAUUGUUACAUGUUUCGUAAGAUGGUUUCAAGUUGUUUACCUGCGUAGGUCUACAUUCGCGCAUAGGCAUAUGCCUACCUACUACACCAUUCAUGCCAGUUUGUAUUUUUAUUUGUAUUGGUUUCGGUUUAUCUUCCUUUCUCGUACACAACGCCGUGCGGUAUUUGGCGUUUGGCGGUUUUUGCUCCAUUCAGUUUUGUUUCUGCCGGAAAGGAGUUCAUUGAAGAAUAUUUUUGGCUGCGCUCAUAGGCUGCUCUCGAUGCACAUUUGUGCGCAGAAGGAUCAACCAAGGAUUCGGAUAGUUCAAUUGGAUUUAAUUUCCCCCAGCGCAACCAAAGUUCCCAUUACAUUAUUCUACCAGACAGAACAGCUGGUAGCACAAUAUGGCAACUGUGCAGAGUAGCAAGGUGGCACAGCAGUACAAUCAACACUACAUUCCAGUCAAUAGUAAUCCGAUUCCCGGUGUCAUAGCAGUUGGCCCGGCAGCGGUUCAACCCGAUGGUCAAUACACAGCCGUCACUCAAAUGCAGCAGCAACAUCAACACCAGGAACGGCAAUCAGUGCCAAUAAAACCAAUAAUCCUGAAUCAUAUGGUGGGAGGUCCGUCGGUGAGUGGAAAUCAGCUAUCAAGUUUCUGCAAACUUGAUCAACAGCCAGCGCCACCCGCACCGUCUCCGUCAAAUUUAUUGCUGCUCGUGGAAUGGGAUAUGCCUCCCGGGGAACCGAACGCUUAUUCGAUCAUCGAUUCCUCGGAGCUGGUGCUGCAGGGUGGCAACACGCGAGAAACUAUUCAUACCGGAAAAAACAUCCUUGUGAGACGGGGCAAAAAAAUUCAACAAGCAACCGUAGUCAUCAUUUCCGAUGAUAAACAAUUUAUUGAAACCGAGCUGAAGCAACUUCGUAAGAUGGCAGCCGAGAACCUGUACCGUAAUAUGGCGACUUCAUCACUUGGUCACAGUGUGGAUCAAAACGUCAAACGUCGACGAGUGGAACCUACUACCGCCUGUUCAAAUGAGAUGGAACCUGCCAGCCCAGAUUACGAGCCAAUGCCAACUCCCUCGCACAUUGCGACUGCCAACUGGGUUAACAGUUGCAAACCGGACCGUGUCAUAUCCCCCUCUCCAUCGGUAAUGACCAUGCAUUUAUCAACCCCGAAAGCUCCACCGAUGACGUUCCAUCAGCAGACACAGACGGAUUGCAGAUUCUUUCCGCAAGAACCGAGUCGCAGCAGUCAACCAGAGCUGGCCCGGCUAGUGUCACUGCAGGAAAGCAUCUUAGCGGAGCAGAAAAGCGUUCGUAUGGAGAAUGAGUACAACAGAAAGAUGAUGUACGAUAUUAUCGAACAGCUGAACUCAUUUUCCGAAACACUGAAACAUUUGGUAUCAAAAGUUGAUUCAGUGCAGAAGUAUGAAAUAACUGAGAUGGUAAAGGAGGAUCCAGUUUCCAAUGUGUCCAGCUAUGUAGUACUGGGAACCGGAGAAGAAGAAAGUCGCGAUCGGCUAUCAAGUGCAACCGAAUCGGUUAUUCCCAGACCCCCGCCUUCCAAUGAAAACAGCAAUAAUUUAAUGAUAGACCAGAUAAGUCUACACGAAGACAGUAACAUGUCGUUUGGCCAAACAAAAUUUUCCGUACCGGAAGACACCUCAUCAGCGACGUCUACACCAAAGAAUCUCAAUUUUUCCAAUCGCCUUUCUGCAUCAGCACUUAGUCUCAGCAAUGCUAGUAUGCACUCCCAAAGUAGCAACACUUUGAAUCAAAGCAAAUCUAUCGUUAAUGAUGUACUCAAGGAUUGGAACGACGAGGACAGUGACGAUUCAGAAAUGACCCCAAUUGGACCGAAUAACACUAUGGUCAAGAAGCAAGUCCUACGAGCAAUCAACUGGACCAGCUAUAAAGCUGCUACUCGAAAGCUGCUAAUGACCUUGUUUUCUCGCUCCAUGCUUGCAUCACAUACUCUUACUGGACGCCCAUCGCCAGCCUUCAUGGGGGAUCGUGCGAAACCGUUAAAGGACAAACUUGACCAGAGAAUUAUUGCCGACAUAAUUGCCAUUGUAACGAAAUCCUGCAACGUUACGGAGUCUAUGGUUCGCACUGCUAUUACAACCAAAUGUGCCGACGAGAACAAAAUGAACAGAAUGAAAAAUAGCAAGGUAUCCUCACAGACUGUGAUGACUCAAUAUGUGAAGGAUCCAUACGUAGUUCCUCAGCCACAACAAAACUCCCCUCAAGUGUCCACAGCGGAAAUAGCCGUACCAGUGCAUUCGAGGCGGAUCAAGCGCGAAAAUAAAGAAAACGUGCACUGAUGUCAAGAAUCCGAAGCGAAAAAUUCUGCCAAAAAGAUGUUAACUGUUGCUUAUUCCGUAUGGCCAUUACCGAGGCUGCCAUCUGUUGUUUUAUUCCUUUCUUUCGAUAACCGGACGAUAUUUUUAUUAGUACCUAUUGUAGUAGGACAAACAUUUCAAUGUUUAGGAUUACAUUUCGUUCCAUUCUGGGUGCGGCCGAAAAAUUAAUGUACAAAAAGUAUUUUAAAAUAAACGUAUUAGUGUAAACUUC